AGAUGUUCACGAGGGACACGUGCGAAACAGGAGAUCGCAUUGCGGGAGCUCCGAGGAACGAAGAGACGAACACGCCCAAUCCCACUUUCCUCUUCGGACCAUUUUUUUUUUUUUCCUCCCUUUUUUCCCCCUCUUCCCAGCCAAUUUUUAUUUAUUUUUAUUUAUAUAUAGAUAUAAUAUUCGGUCCUCGCUUCUCCUCCCCGCACCGCGAUUUUCGCCGUCGCGCGACGCCAUGGGUUGCUCCUCCUCGCUCCCAGCAAAGAAUGCGGGGCCACUGAGCAGUUUGGGCAAUGAAAGCUCUACAGUUACGGACUCAAAGAACCUGCGCGUCAAGUUGGUAUUGUUAGGUGAUUCAGGAGUCGGUAAGAGCUGUAUCGUUCUUCGCUUUGUUCGUGGUCAAUUUGACCCUUCCUCCAAGGUAACUGUCGGCGCAUCAUUCUUAUCACAAACAUUAGCAUUACAAGAUUCCACCACAGUGAAAUUUGAAAUAUGGGAUACUGCUGGACAGGAGAGAUAUGCUGCAUUGGCACCUCUUUACUACCGAGGAGCUGCUGUCGCAGUUGUUGUGUAUGACAUAACUAGCCCAGAGUCAUUCAGCAAAGCUCAAUAUUGGGUUAAGGAACUUCAGAAGCAUGGCAGUCCUGACAUCGUCAUGGCUUUGGUCGGUAACAAGGCUGAUCUUCAUGAAAAUCGAAGUGUAUCUGCUCAAGAUGCCCUAGAGUAUGCAGAGAAGAAUGGUAUGUUCUUUAUCGAGACAUCGGCAAAGACGGCUGAUAACAUAAACCAACUCUUUGAGGAGAUUGCGAAGAGGUUGCCGCGGACACCAUCCUCAUCCUGAUUAUUUUGCCUACUAAAUGCAGUGGUUUCUUACAGUGUACAAUUGAUAUAUAAAUGUGCUAGAUAUGUCAUCUAUAUCCUCUGGUUACCUGAUAUUCUUGUUUUAAGAUGUUAUAUUAUGUCUUGUAGUUUCUUAUUUGCGAAAGAAUGCACUUGUAUUGGGCCACUCUAUCAAGGUACUUUCUAUUUGUCUCUCAUAAA